AUGGCGACACUACAGAAUCAUCGGCCGAUGCAGCAUAUAGAUCGGAGGGAGCUUUAUACCAGUCUCGAGGCACGGAUACAAUACCUCCAUUCGUUUCUCGACUUUAGUUCACGCGACAUGGAAGCACUGACGAGCGGGGCCAAGUACAUCAAAGCGCUCAUCCCCGCGGUAGUCAACAUUGUGUACAAGAAGCUUCUGCAGUACGACAUCACAGCACGGGCGUUUGAAACGCGAUCGACAUCGUACCAGGGGCGCGUAGACGUCAGCAACCUCGACGAGAACUCUCCGCAGAUUCUGUACCGCAAAAUGUUCCUGCGGGGCUACCUAAACAAGCUCUGCAGCGACCCGUCGACCAUGGAGUUUUGGGAGUACCUGGACAAAGUAGGCAUGAUGCACGUGGGGCAAGGGCGGGCGCAUCCGCUGCACGUCGAAUACGUGCACAUUGGCGUGACGCUGUCGUUUGUUCAGGACAUUAUUACGGAAGCGGUGCUGUCGCACCCACGGCUGAAGAUGGAGCGCAAGAUUGCGCUUGUCAAGGCGCUGAGCAAGGUGAUUUGGAUCCAGAACGAUCUGUUUGCCAAGUGGUAUGUUCGCGACGGCGACGAGUUUGCAGAGGAGCGAUUGGUGCCCGAGGUUGAGCCUGAAGGCUAUCUGCACGGCAAACCUGUCUUGCGUGAAGGUAGUGGUGAGCGUGAGAGUGAGAUUGAAGAGGCCGACAUGGCGGCGGGGUCGUGUCCGUUUAAGAAUUUGGCAGGCAGACCGAGUCUGGGGAAGGAUCAUCAGGAUGCGCAGUAUGGGGAAAUCGUGAUAGAUACCGCAGAGGCGCCGAGGGCUGCAGCAUCGACGACAUCACCAGGCAUGCGGGGGUUUGUGCAGAGCGCCAUGGCACGGGCGGUGGGGAGCAGUGCUUGA